CACUCAGCCUUAUCCAAUUUUUUUUCAACGAUGGACUCAGUCUCUACUUUUUCUGAACUGCUUGGCUCCGUGAACGAGUCUCCGGUUACUACGGUAGUAGGAGGUGAUUAUUGUCCCAGGUUGGCGGCAAGCUGUCCGAAGAAGCCAGCGGGUAGGAAGAAGUUUCAGGAGACACGUCACCCCAUUUACCGUGGAGUUCGUUUAAGAAAGUCAGGUAAGUGGGUGUGUGAAGUGAGGGAACCAAACAAGAAAUCUAGGAUUUGGCUCGGAACUUUCAAAACCGCUGAGAUCGCUGCUCGUGCUCACGACGUUGCUGCCUUAGCCCUCCGCGGAAGAGGCGCCUGCCUCAACUUCGCCGACUCGGCUUGGCGGCUCCGUAUCCCGGAGACAACCUGCGCCAAGGAUAUCCAGAAGGCUGCUGCUGAAGCUGCAUUGGCUUUUGAGGCCGAGAAGAGUGAUCAUGGCAUGAACAUGAAGAAUACUACGGCGGUGGCUUCUCAGGUUGAGGUGAAUGAUACGACGACGGACCAUGGCGUGGACAUGGAGGAGACGUUGGUGGAGGCUGUUUUUACGGAGGAACAGAGAGAAGGGUUUUACAUGACGGAGGAGACGAGGGUGGAGGGUGUUGUUACGGAGGAACAGAACAAUUGGUUUUACAUGGACGAGGAGUGGAUGUUUGGGAUGCCGACGUUGUUGGUUGAUAUGGCGGAAGGGAUGCUUAUACCGCGGCAGUCCGUACAAUCGGGACACUACGAUGACUUCGAAGGAGAUGUUGACAUGAACCUUUGGAGUUACUAAUAUUCGUAUUUGUUUUUUGUUUUUUUUUAAUUCUUCUGUGUGAUGAUAUUUUACUAUAAAAAUUAGGAUUCUGCCUUUAUUUUUUUGUGGGGAUCUUUAUUUUUAUUUUUGAAGUUUGGGAAACGAGUGUAAAUGUUUCGCCAUAUGCUGAGUUUU